UGGCAGGCUGAACUGACAUUCUGUGCUGGCGAUAUCAUUGCUGUUUUUGGGGAUAUAGAUGAAGACGGCUUCUAUUAUGGUGAGCUUAAUGGACAUCGGGGCUUGGUUCCAUCCAAUUUUCUCGAAGAAGUGCCUGAUGACGUGGAGGUCUAUCUGACGGACACUCCCUCCCACCGCGGUCAGGACGAGCCCAAUCCGGUACUGGCACUGCGCCCAGAGACCAAACGGGUGCCUGUGGAAAGUUCAGUGCCAGCUCCGGCCCCUGGAAGACCCGCCUCUCCCACUGUGCGUCCUUUGCUUCCCGUUGGCCCAGUCAGGCCGCUGAGCCCUGCCAGGGGUCCACGAGACCUGGCAUCUAAAAAGAAAAAAGGACUGCUCUCUAAGGGGAAGAAACUGCUCCAAAAGUUUUCAAAGUAAAAGUAUGAGAUUGAUUUCAAAUUCAUAUGGCUACAACAGCAUACAGAUUUCUCUCUCAAAAGGGAAACCACCAAUCC